AUGCAAAGCUUCUUAUCAAUGCCUAAUUUCAACAAAACUUUUUUCUUUAAAGAGCCUCAAACUCUUUAUGAGAAAUUUAGUAAUGCAUUCGCAUAUUAUAAACAAGUAUCUCUUUGUAACUCACACCCAAAUCGUCAACAACUCAUGAAGGAUUGUAACCUGGCCUGGAAACAAAUCAAAAAAGAAAAUAAAAUAGUAAUUGAUGAAAAAAUACGUUCAUAUUUUAAUUCAAUUCCUUCACACAUUUAUUGCCAUCAAUCAAAAUUUACCUUAUGCAAUAUGAAUAAUUCUAGUAGCUCUUUUUUACCAAAUAAUACUUUAUUGAUUCAUGCGUCUCUACAACGUGAAGAUAAAUUGCCCAAAAAUGCCGAAAUGCAAUUAAAAAAGCUAAAAAGACAUGCCCAAGCCCAAGCAAGGCUCGAAGAAAAAAAAGCAAAAAUGCUUGAAGAAGGUAUUGUAGAAAAUAUGAUAAACCUGAAAGGCCAUCAGCAGCAAUGA